AUGGAGGUUGACACUGUAAUCCAGGCUUUCAGGAAGCUUGGAAACAGCGACAGGAGAGCCGCUCUCGAAGCUCUUGCAAAUGAAUUCGACCCGUAUGAGUGGCGUUUCAUCCAAGAGAAGCUGAACAAUAAGUCUUUCUCCCGCGAUAUUGUAGGAGCACUCCCAGUAGAGCUAGUUUCCCAUAUCUUCUCACACUUGGACAUCGCCGCUGCCUACUAUUACCAGAUCGUUUGCAAGCAAUGGAGGGAGACGCUUCGAUGCACGGCUAUCGUCAAGCCGACCCUGCGAGCAUGGUUUACCGACAACGACCGCCCUCUUGCUCUCGGGCCUUACUUACGAGACAACAACAAUGAUGAUGAUGGUGAUGAUGAUGACUACGCCCUUUGUCAAUUGAAGGCAGAGUAUAUGCAUCGCUUUUGUACCGGCAAGCCACACAAGUUCUUCACCCUUAGGACCAUGUUCAGCAACCCAGCUCGCGGCACACUGCUCUGCGGAGACUACAUGUCUUGGGUUCCUGGUAAAUUCCCUCGGACUAUCAACGUCCUAAAUCUGCGAACGGGAGUACUUCUUCAGGAGUCUGGCGAUGCGCGCGAGAAAAUUCAUAAAGUCGCUCUAUCAGAAUCCAUUGUUGCUUUCACAUCCCACAACAACGUCUGCUACGUCCGGGACUUAGUGACGCGCACUCAAAGAAUCUGGAAACUUACACCGACCAUGCUCCAACACAUUGCGUGUCGGGAUCGAAUGAUUGCUUGCGGAGGAGUGAGCGAAGGCAUCGCAAAGAUAUACCUGAUCGACUUCGACAAACCCAAGGGACGAACCAUCGACAUUCCGAUUACAGAGGCUCCAUUCGCUCAUCGUAGGACUGAGUAA